GUGAGUAACGGCACGGCCAAGGGUCGUCGGUCGACGACAUUAGAGGUCGCCAAAUGGGCCGACGAUAUAAGGGCCGACGGUCGACGACAUGAGAGGUCGCCAAAUGGGUCGCCAAAUGGGCCAAGAGAGCUGGGUCGUUACAAAUUAUUUCCUCCUUCCAUCUCCAAUUUGCCACCUGCACUGUUCUGUCACGAUACCAAAAUAAUAUUGUUCUGCUCAAAAGCUAAAACUCUGCAUCACUUGAAUUUUUGAACCUUGAUACUUGUUAAAUGCCAAAAUUGGAUUAGUCCAUUGAUUUGCAUUAUUAAAAUUCCUACUGUUACUUCCUUUAUGGCGGGAGUUGUUAGGAUAAGAGUUUUAUCUUUUAUCUUUUUUUUUUUUUAGAAUUGAUUUGGGUACUAAUAAUGAUGUUUGUGGAUAUUUUUGGGAAAUUCAAAUACUAAUUACAUUUUGGGUUCUUUCUAAGGUAUUCUUAUAUUUGUUUUUUGCAGAUAUUUAUUCAGGAACAGCACAGAAAGCCCAUAAACUUUUGGGUUCUUUUCUCAGUACAUAUUAAGCACAUUGUCAGGUGGGGUGCCUCCUUGUUUGUGCAAAUAUUCCCAAAACUUGACAAGAACUGUGUGGUCUGAAUUCAGAAUCAAUGGAAGGUGCACGUGUUCCUCUGAAGGGUUGGCAACAAGCUGCAGUUGCUCUGGGUUCAGCGAUAGGUGCACUGAUGGAUCCCAGAAGAGCAGACUUGAUAGCUGCAUUAGGUGAGACCACUGGAAAGCCAGCCUUUUAUCGGGUGCUUGAGCGAAUGAGGAAUAGCAGUGAAGGCAGAGAAGUUCUUUUAGAGCGGCCACGAGUUAUAACUUCGCAAGUAUCACAUGCUUGGGACAUGCCUGAAAACACAUUUGGCUCAGCUUAUGCAAAAUUCAUGGGAUCUAGGAACUUCUCUCCCGACGAUCGUCCCCCAGUUCGCUUCAUGGAUACAGAGGAACUGGCUUACGUGGCCACGCGUGCUCGUGAGGUGCACGACUUUUGGCACGUGCUAUUCAGGCUCCCGACCAACCUGAUUGGGGAAUCUGCCCUUAAGGUGAUCGAAUUUGAGCAAAUGCUUCUUCCCAUGUGUGCCAUGUCAGUUGUUGGAGGUUCAGCAAGGUUUAGCGAAAAGCAAAGGACUCUCUUCUUCCGACAUUAUUUCCCUUGGUCCAUGAGGGCGGGCAUAGCUUCCACUGAUCUGAUGUGCAUCUACUAUGAGAAACAUUUUCAUGAAAACCUUGAGGAUGUUCGGAAGAGAUGGGGCAUAACCCCUUGCCCAAAUCCGGUAGCCUAAAAGAAAACGAGAAGUGUGUAGGAGGAUAUAUGGCAACGCUAGGGAUCUCCCUUGAUUAUUGCUUAAGCAUAAAAUUUAAGGGGAGAGAUGAUGAUGACUGUUUUAUUCUGUGUGCUAAUCACCACUCACUGCUUUACAUGUAUAUCUAUCUGCACAAACACAAAUGUAGUAAUUAAGAGUUUAUAAUGGGACUAAAAGAACCUGCUCCCAACAUGUUUUGCAAUAUUGUGGCUGACUUGGAUCUCGCUCGGUGGCAUAAAAUGUCUAUGUUAUCGUUUGUAGUUAGGAGGUAAACGAGUUGAGCUGAGUCGAGUUUAGUUGUCUUCAAACUUGUUUAUUUAAUUUUAUUGAGCUUGUUCAAGUUUAUUUAUUAAAAUCAUGUCGAGCUCAGCUCGAGCCUUUUAUUAUGUUCAACUAUUUGCGUUAUUUUCCUUAUAAAUUAGGGUAAAUAAUUAUCUAAUACAUGACAUAUAUGUUAUUAUUUAUGGGUGGGUGCCCCUCAGGUGUGCACGCGGGCACGUGCCGGGGCUCACAAUAGAUUAAUGCUCUCUCUAUAUAGAUAUUUGACUAUUGAAUGAAUAUAAAUGAGCUUUAUCGAACUAAGCAUCAUCGAGUUUGUUCAGGUCUAAUUUGCAACACUAAGAAGUUUUCUUAGAAGCAUUGGUCCACUUGUUUCUUGCAAUAUGAAUUGGAAUAAACAUUUUCUUUUUGUAUUUGUCUAAAAUAAUAAAUUUAAAAUACUAUUAAAAAUUAGUCUUUCCUAAAUCACUUGGUUUGACUGAUCCAAAUCAUAUUUUAGACAGUGAACUUUACCCAGGACUUUUUAAUAUGGAGUCAUAUUGGGAAAGAAAUUAAUAUGUAUGCAUGCAUCCUUAAGACAAAGUGGUUCGAAUGUAGAUGAAUUAAAUAGGUCUAACAAACCAUAGGAACCAAGUGAGAUCGACAAGAAGACUGAGUUAGUUGGGCUGGAUGAACAAAUCAGAUGAAUCGAGUGUGGGGCCGAG